CACAAAGCGACACAGCCUAGAACUCGGAACAGCGCGGCGUCGGCCAACCAGAGAUGGCGCCGCCGCAGACCACAGCCGCCGGCGCCGCCGGCGACGAGGCGGUGGAGGCGGGCACGCUGCGCCAUCGGCACAGCGCUGCCAAGGGUGGCGGCGGGGAGGCGGAGGGGCAGGCCAACGGGGCCGGGCCCACCCAGGACGAGGCGGCGGGGGCGGCGCUGUCCGUGGAGCAGGCGUUCGCGGACCGGGCGGUGCCGUCGUGGCGGGAGCAGCUGACGGUGCGCGCCUUCGUGGUCAGCUUCUUCCUCGCCGUCAUGUUCAGCAUCAUCGUCAUGAAGCUCAACCUCACGACGGGGAUCAUACCCUCGCUCAACGUCUCCGCGGGGCUCCUCGGCUUCUUCUUCGUCCGCCUCUGGACCGCCGCCAUCGAGCGGGUGGGGCUUCUCAGGCAGCCCUUCACGCGCCAGGAGAACACCGUCAUCCAGACCUGCGUCGUCGCCGCCUACGACAUCGCCUUCAGCGGUGGGUUUGGCACUUACUUGUUUGGGAUGAGCGAAACCAUCGCCAACCAAGCAACAGAGGCUAACGAUCCUCAGAAUGUCAAGAAUCCUCACAUCGGAUGGAUGAUAGGGUUUCUCUUCCUUGCCAGUUUUAUAGGCCUAUUUGCUCUUGUGCCACUAAGAAAGAUUAUGAUUGUCGACUACAAGCUCACCUAUCCAAGUGGGACAGCUACUGCUUAUCUCAUCAAUGGUUUCCACACGCCAGAGGGUGCCAAGCUUGCAAAGAAACAAGUAAAGACACUGGGAAAAAUUUUCUUGUUUAGCUUCGUUUGGGGAUUUUUCCAGUGGUUCUACACCGGUGGAGAUGAAUGUGGAUUUCAGAGCUUCCCUACAUUGGGCCUCCAAGCUUAUAAGAACAGGUUUUACUUUGAUUUCUCGCCUACCUAUGUUGGAGUGGGGAUGAUUUGCCCACACAUUGUGAACGUGUCUGUUCUACUGGGAGGCAUCCUUUCCUGGGGCAUAAUGUGGCCUCUAAUACGCAACAAGAAGGGGAGCUGGUAUCCUGCCUCUCUAUCAGAAACCAGUCUCCAUGGGUUGCAGGGUUACAGGGUUUUUAUAUCCAUCGCUAUAAUUCUUGGGGACGGCCUGUACAACUUCGUGAAGGUUCUUAUUCGCACCACUGCUGGCUUUAUAUCCAUGAUGAAGAAAAACAGCACCCUUCCAGUUUCAAACGACAGCAGCCCCAUCACUGAAUCUGUUUCAUUUGACGAUGAACGCCGCACCGAGCUGUUCCUGAAAGAUCAGAUCCCCAGAUCAGUUGCCUAUGGAGGGUACGUUGCUGUCGCCGCCAUCUCCAUCGGCACCCUUCCUCAGGUGUUCCCGCAGCUCAAGUGGUACUACAUCCUGGUCGCGUACAUCUUUGCCCCCGUGCUGGCCUUCUGCAACGCCUACGGCACCGGCCUCACCGACUGGUCCCUGGCGUCCACCUACGGCAAGCUCGCCAUCUUCAUCUUCGGCGCGUGGGCCGGCGCCUCCAACGGCGGCGUCCUCGUGGGGCUCGCGGCCUGCGGCGUGAUGAUGAGCAUCGUGUCGACGGCUGCCGACCUGAUGCAGGACUUCAAGACCGGGUACCUGACGCUGGCGUCGCCACGGUCGAUGUUCAUCAGCCAGGUGAUCGGCACGGCGAUGGGCUGCGUCAUCGCGCCGUGCGUGUUCUGGCUCUUCUACAAGGCCUUCUCCGACAUCGGCCUGAGCGGCAGCGAGUACCCGGCGCCCUACGCCAUCGUGUACCGGAACAUGGCCAUCCUCGGCGUGGACGGCUUCUCCUCGCUCCCCAAGCACUGCCUCACGCUCUGCUACAUCUUCUUCGCAGCGGCGAUCGCCGUGAACCUGGCCCGGGACCUGGCGCCCAAGAAGGUGGCCAGGUUCAUCCCGCUCCCAAUGGCGAUGGCGAUCCCGUUCUACAUCGGGCCCUACUUCGCCAUCGACAUGUUCGUCGGCACCGUAAUCCUGUUCGCGUGGGAGGUGAUGAACAAGGCCGAGGCCGACGCGUUCGCGCCGGCGGUCGCGUCGGGGUUGAUCUGCGGCGACGGCAUCUGGACGCUGCCGCAGUCGGUCCUCGCGCUCGCCAAGGUGAAGCCACCCAUCUGCAUGAAGUUCCUGUCCAGGUCGGUGAACGCCCAAGUCGACGCCUUCCUUGGGAAUUAGCAGCGGCUGCGGUGCGAUCAGUCAGGAAAGGAAGAUUUCGACCGCGAUUUGUGUUGAUGAUGCACCACGCUGUAAAAUGUAACCAAUGCUGUGCCACGUCGUCAUCUUUUACUGUCUGCUUUGCUGUAUGUUAAUAGGUGAAAACAUCUAGGCCGAUAGAUACACUACGAUAAUUUUCGGUGAUUAGUGAUAAUCAUAUAUAACUAACAUAUAUUUUGAAGGGUUAAUCAUUUACCGAAUAAGUCGUAUAUGAAAUAAGAAAGGCGACCUCUCAAAUUUUCA